AUGGUAUUAUCAGACUACCUCGCCAGCAAGUAUCUAUCUGCAGACCAGAAGCCAGCGAAAAAGCGCAAGCGAAAGGAAGCAAAGGGGGAAGGACUCACGAUCGCCGAGGACGAUGCAAACGACUGGACGCGGCCAAAAGGCGAAGAAGAUGACGAUGAUGCGCCGGUUGUGGUCGGCAACACCUUAUCUGGAGGUCUAAACAAGCCCAUGAAAAAGACCAAUUGGGUCAAAGUGGGUGUAGCAGCGCCCAAGGAUGCAGAUCAAGCAGCAGCAGAUGCGAUUCUGGCCGAUGCUCAAGCAGAGUCGGCGCAGCGAGCACAAGACGAUGACGAUGCUCCGGCUGUGGUAGAGGAGGAGGAGGGACCUACGAUGGCUUCUGGGGCCAUGGCUGGGCUACAAAGUGCAGGGCAAGUGACCACGUCACUGAAGAGGAAAGAGAGGCAGGAGCGUAAGGCUAUGCAGGAUGCUGGGCUGGAUCCGACAGGCAAGGCGCAGGAUACGAUAUAUCGUGAUGCGUCUGGUCGUAUCAUCAAUGUUGCCAUGAAAAGGGCAGAGCUUCGAGCCAGGGCUGAAGAAGAGGACCGGAAGCAGGCAGAAGAGCUCGAGGCAAGAAAGGGCGAUGUACAGAGACGAGAGAAAGAAGAGCGGAAACGUGAUCUCGAGGAUGCGAAAGUCAUGGGUGUGGCAAGAUACGCAGACGACGAGAAGCUGAAUUCUGAGCUGAGAGAGCGGGAAAGGUGGAAUGAUCCUAUGGCUCAGCUGCUAGCGACAAAAACGACAACGAGUAAGGGUGGCAAGAGUAAGAGUAGCGGAAAGAGCUAUCAAGGUGCUUUCGAGCCGAAUCGAUAUGGGAUACGGCCUGGCUGGAGAUGGGAUGGUGUGGAUCGCGGUAAUGGGUUUGAGAGGAAGUGGUUUGCUGCUCGCAACAAGGCUAAGGAUCGGGCUGAUUUGGAGUAUCACUGGCAGAUGGACGAAUGA